GGUACUAUCAUACAGUACUAGUACUACCUAGCUCUCUCUCUCUCUCUCUUAUUUAUUUCCAUUUCCUUUCUUGUUUAUCUUUAAAAUAUAUUAUACAGGCCAGGAGUACGUUGAUGAGAGUACGUACUCUUCCUAUAUAAGAGAAGUGAUGUUAGAUUGGCCUAGCUAGAAGAUCGAGAGCCAAAGAGUUUUAGUUUUAAGUUGUUCCUAGUCAUCAUCAAUAUUCAUGGCUUCUUCAAACAGACACUGGCCUAACAUGUUCAAAUCCAAACCCACCCACCAGUACCGAUGGCAGCAUGACGCCGUCAAUCCCUCUCUCGUGCCAAACGGUUACUCAACCGCUACAACAUCAUCAGGGCUGGAAGAUGAAAUGACUCCGGAGCCAAAGCGGCGGUGGAUCCCUCGGCCGGAGCAGAUUGGGAUUCUGGAAGCUAUUUUCAACUCCGGGAUGGUGAACCCUUCGAGGGAGGAGGUAAGGAUGAUCACGGCUCAGCUCCAAGAGUACGGUCAAGUCGUUGACGCCAAUGUCUUCUACUGGUUCCAGAACAGAAAAUCAAGGUCCAAACACAAGCAUCGCCGCCUGCAGUACUCAAACAAGACCCAAUUCUCACCACCACCACCACAUGAUGUUUGCAACUUAAACUCUCCGACCGCUUCUUCGGUCAAUCAGACGUCUUUUUUUCCAAACCCUGAGGUCUUUCCAGUGAACAACCCUGCUGCUUCUUCUAGCAACGGGCCGGUAGCAAGUGCUGAUUUCAGUACUACGCAAGGGUUUUACUUCUCUGAGCUCGCGAAUGUGGUUCAUGGGAAUAACAGUCCCGAUCUUCAUCAUACUGGUCUCUUGCUUAGUGAGAUUAUGAACAACAAUGGGAUGGCCUCCCCCAUGAGUACUCACUUUCAAGUUAUUGGAGGGGAAGCUGGUGCUGCGAUAAUGGGAGCGGGAGGUGCGGCGGCGAUAUCAACGGUGUUCAUAAACGACGUCGCAUUUGAGGUGGCUGAGGGACCCUUCAACGUGCGUGAGGCUUUCGGGGACGACGCCGUUCUCAUUCACUCUUCUGGUCACCCUGUUCUCACCAACGAGUGGGGAGUUACCCUUCACUCUCUUCACCACGGCGCAUUUUAUUACCUCGUACAUUUAGGAGAUAUGGAUCAGUGGAAGCUGGCUUAG